AUGGUAGUUGAAGAAGAGGUUCCUAAGAACCCAGUCAGCGCCAAUUCAUAUGCCACUAAGAAAACCAUUUCUCAGGGCAUGUUCGAUGUAGCACUUCUUACUGCGAACGCAAGCCAACUUAAAUACUGUUUGCAAUUGGGUGACAAAAACAAGUUUUAUCUGGUAAUGGUCAUUCUCAUUUCCACAUCAAUUAUUCUUCAAGUUCUGGUGGGGGCCAUCUUCAUUUAUCUUGGUUACAUCAACUUUGAUGAUACCGAACGGCAGAAACGACUAAACCGCUAUAAUAAUAUUGCUACAAUUCUAGUAUUUUUGAUAACAAUUUUAAACGUUUUAAUAUCGGGUUUUGGCAUCAGUACCGAACCUUCUAACACGUAA